AUGGUUUCGCCCGAUGAAUCUCAGCUCAGUCGAGCUGCGCGCUAUGCCGUUCCUUUCGGCCUGCUGCUCAUCCCCGUCUGGAUGAUUCGUGUCAACGCGGUUGUCCCGGAGCCAUACCUCGAUGAGGUCUUCCACGUUCCUCAGGCUCAGGCGUACUGGGCACAUAAGUGGAUGCAAUGGGAUCCCAAGCUUACUACCCCGCCAGGUUUGUAUCUGUGGUCUUAUGCGCUUUGCGCGGCGGUGCUUUUGCUUCGCGGUGAACCGACGAAGCUCACGACGGAGGUUCUACGUAUGUCAAAUGUUGCUUCCACUGCUAUAUUUCUUCCUUCGAGAUUGCAGAGACUGCUGGAUACAAUUCAGAGAGUGACGAAUGAUCGAAAUUUAAGCUCUUAUUUGGGUCAUACUGUGUUGAACAUUUGCUUGUUCCCGCCUCUGUUCUUUUUCUCGGGUCUGUACUAUACGGAUAUCCUUGCCCUCUUGGCUGUGGUUGAGGUAUACAAUUGGGAUCUAAAGAGGGCUUCUGGUGGUAUUUUACCGACUUUGGGCUUCUUGGUCUUUGGUCUUGCUGCCCUUGUCUGCCGGCAGACGAAUAUCUUUUGGGUCUCUGCCUUCCUUGGUGGACUUCAGGUUGUCCGCAAUAUUAGAACGGCGUCUUCUGCCUGCUCCUCGUCUAAGAUUUCCAAGAUUGUGAAGCAGGGAAUGCAGCAGAAUGAGCUCUAUGAUCCUCUCGUCUCGGAGGCUACUUUGGCCGAUUAUUUCAAGACGAUCAUCUCAUUUGCAGCUGUUGCUGUCAAGAAGCCUUCCGCUGUGCUCGUCUCUAUUCUUCCUCAUCUCAUUGUCCUCGCGGCCUUUGGUGGAUUUGUGGUUUGGAACAACGGAGUUGUCCUAGGUCACAAGGAGUUCCACACUGCUGGGAUUCACUUGGCUCAGAUGCUUUACAUUUGGCCGUACUUUGCCUUCUUCUCAUGGCCGCUUUUCGUCAUCCCUCUGAUCAAUAUACUUACCCCCAAAAAGUCUAUCCCCGAGUCUCUGGACUUGGGCUGGCCAGCAAAGCAGAGAAAGCUUCCGUCGUACAAAGCAGUCCUGGCUGUGAUUCCUCUUAUGCUUGCCGUGGUUCAUUUCAACACCAUCGUGCACCCCUUCACCCUCGCUGAUAACCGCCACUAUGUCUUCUACGUUUUCCGCCUUCUUCUUAACAUCCACCCGACAGUCAAGUACGCCGCAGUUCUGGUGUACUUCCUCUCUGGCUGGGCUGUGAUUUCUGCCUUUGGAUUCUCCACUCUAUAUGUGGCGCCCAAGUUGAUGCGAGUCCCAGAGAAGCCUGCGCCAACUGCCCCUGCCCCUCCUGCACCCGCUCCGGCCCCUACCCCAGCACCAACUCCUGCACCAGCGGCCAAGCCCACCCAGCCCUCGCAGCCUCCCAAGGGAACAAAGAGGAUCACCCGACCCAACCGCAAGCCUACCCCGAAACCCAAGCAGCAAGAGGAACAACCCAAGGCCAAACCCGUCGAUCCAAAUGACCCGGCAGUCAUCGCCAAGGUUCAACAGUCCAUCCUAGCACGCCAAAAGACCCAGCUCGAAGCACCGCGCGUCAGCUUCGUCCUCAUCUGGCUCGCGGCAACAACCCUCUCCCUCGUAACCGCACCCCUGGUCGAGCCCCGCUACUUCAUCAUUCCCUGGGUGAUGUGGCGUCUUCAUCUCCCACCCUCGCCAGGCCUGCUCAAGUACCGAGUCACCCGUCCCCGCAAGGAAGAAGACAAGCGCGCUGCUGACUUCGUCGUUAACUCUCCCAAGUUCUUGGAGACAGUUUGGUUCUUGCUUAUCAACCUGGUCACUGGGUAUGUCUUCUUGUAUAAGGGCUUUGAGUGGCCCCAGGAACCUGGUAAGAUCCAGCGCUUUAUGUGGUGA